GGGGCCAGAAGCAUCCAAUGAUAAGCGGCUGAUGGAAGAAGAGGGCGGUACAGCGGGAAAGGAUUGUCCAAUGAAAAUCACUAGCGCCAGACACCUGGACGGCGCCGGGGCAGAAGGAAAGAUGGAGAAUUUCACGGCGCUGUUUGGAGCUCAGGCUGACCCACCCCCACCCCCAACCGCACUCGGCUUCGGACCAGGGAAACCUCCACCCCCGCCUCCCCCUCCUCCAGGCGGGGGACCCGGCACGGCUCCGCCCCCUACCGCGGCCGCGGCCCCUCCGGGUGCCGAGAAGUCGGCAGCUGGUUGCGGUCCCUUCUACCUAAUGCGGGAACUGCCAGGCAGCACCGAGCUGACAGGCAGCACCAACCUGAUCACACACUACAACCUGGAACAUGCCUAUAAUAAGUUCUGUGGGAAGAAGGUGAAGGAGAAGCUGAGUAACUUCCUGCCUGACCUGCCGGGGAUGAUUGAUCUGCCAGGUUCCCAUGAUAACAGCAGCCUCCGCUCCCUCAUUGAGAAGCCCCCUAUUCUUGGUGGCUCUUUCAAUCCUAUCACAGGGACCAUGCUAGCUGGCUUCCGCCUCCACACCGGCCCGUUGCCAGAGCAGUGUCGUCUGAUGCAUAUCCAGCCUCCCAAGAAGAAGAAUAAACACAAGCACAAACAGAGCCGUACCCAGGAUCCCGUCCCCCCAGAAACACCAUCUGACUCAGAUCACAAGAAGAAGAAGAAGAAGAAAGAGGAGGAUCCCGAACGGAAGAGGAAGAAGAAGGAGAAGAAGAAAAAGAAGAACCGACACAGUCCAGACCACCCAGGUAUGGGCAGUUCUCAGGCCAGCAGCAGCAGCAGCCUCCGCUAACAGACCACUGGACUCUGCCAGAAUGACUUUUCCUGCUGUACUGAACCUGCUGUCAAAGACUGCCUUCCUGGCUCUUGGACACUGCCUUAAGAGCAUCCCCUGCGGCUGGAACAGAAGCAGGCCUGCUGUGCUCAGUUAAGAGGAAUGCAUUAUGAGAAAGAGCCAUGCUUUUGUAAGGCUCAGUCCAGCUUUCUCAUGGACAUCUCUUCCUCUCCCAGGAAGCUUUCUUUUCAUCUCUUUUGUGCAGUUUGUCUGAUUUAUGACCUUAUCUGAUUUGUUAGGGUUUUUCUUUAAAAAAAAAAAAUUUUUUGCAUUUAUCAAA